AUGCUAUUGGCGUUCCUUCUCGUGGCGUCUGCGCUUUUGCCUGGCGCAAAAGCAGGCAUUACAGUUUACAGCGUGCCGAACCAGGUCGUUUUCGCGACAACCAGCCUGAGUGGCUCAGCAAGUGCACCUGCAUAUACUGGAGUCGCUGCUUACAACCCCACAACACUCAUUCCCCCGCCAGUACCGACUCCAGCGGUGCCGAGCACAUUUAAUAUCCAACUCAACACUGGCGGCACACCUGGAGCCUCCAUCGAGCAGUCGGGAGAUUUCAUCGGCUUUAGCGUUGAAAUGAGCGUAUCGAAUCAAGUUUUGGGCAAGAACUCGACACACAUUCAAGUCCCUUUCCUCAAUCUGCUCGGGAACAUUGUACAGCGUGCGGGGAGUGUUCGGGUGCGAGUGGGAGGAAACUCACAAGAAUCGGCCACCCUUGUGGAUGCGUCCAAGAUUCCAGAUGGCCGCAUUUUGCAGAAGAAUCUGACUGGGGUAACCGGCACCACCCAGACCCCGCCUCUCGAGUUUUCCGAUGACCUGUUGUACAUGAUGUCCAACAUCUCUUCCCUAGUCAACGUUAAGUGGUUCCUCGGCAUCCCCUGGUUUGUCACCAAGCCAUUCGACCUUGCCAUCGUUGGUGCCGCUGAGCGGAUUCUUGGUGACAAAGUUAUCGGAUACCAAGCCUCCAAUGAGCCUGACCUCUAUAUCGCACACGGCCACCGACCCUUGCCUGGAGCCUCCAGCUAUGGCCCUUUCGACUACUUUGGGGAAUUCAGCGACUUGCUGACCCAACUUGCUGCGAGUGGACUGGACCCAACUGGACGCGCUGCAAGCUUGCUCAUUGGCCCUUCGGUGGCUGAUGCGACAUGGACACCGGAGAUGGUUUUCGAUACGGGUUAUGUCGAUGCCUACAGCGCCAACUUGGCCUGGCUGAGUGUGGAAAAGUAUCCAACCGACAACUGCGCUGCCGCUUUCAACACCGGUGCACCCAUCAUUGACCCUCAAAGCGUCUUCCAAGAUUUCUUGAACCAUACUGCACAUACGUCGCUGCUUGCACCAUACCUCAACAGCACUGCGUUUGCUCAGUCAAAGAACAAGAAAAUGCUUAUGUUCGAGACCAACUCAGCGUCUUGUGGUGGCUUUGGUGGUAUCUCGGACGCAUUUGGUGCCGCGUUAUGGGGUCUUGACUACGCCCUUCAGAUGGCGCACUCUAAUUUCAGCGGGGCCAUGUUCCACGUCGGUGGCCAGAACGUCUUUUAUAAUCCGUUCACGUCUCCGCCGACUAAUCAGUCCUCGUUCCACCAAUGGACCAUCGGACCAAUUUACUACUCUGCUUUAGUCAUGGCGGAAGCCAUGGGUGCCACAAACCACACUCAGGUUCUCGAUCUUCAAGCCAACAACAAUAACGAGUUCACUCCCGCGUAUGCGAUCUACGAAUCGGGCAAACCUGCUCGCGUCGCGCUCUUCAACUACAUCACGGACUCUACGGGGAAGAGCGAUGUUACUGCUGUGAUCAGUGUAGCUGAUGCAACGGGAGCUGGCGGGGCAACUCCGACACAAGUAAGAGUCAAAUACCUCCAGGCUACCAGCGUCGCACAAAAGGGGUCGUAUACGUGGGCUGGGCAGACGUUUGGUGGCAACUUUGCCUCAGACGGGCGUCUGACGGGAACCGAAGAUAUAAAAACUGUGGACUGCGAUGCCACGGCCAAGACAUGCUCGGUUAAAGUUCCAGCACCAGGAUUCGCUCUUGUCUUUUUGGGCGGAGAUGAUGCUUUGACGGAGAACAAAGGCGCGCCUAGUCAAACUUACUCAACAACGGCGCUAACGAAGACGGUUAAUACGGCCACAAUCAAUCCGAGCGUCCUCGCAACAUCUAACGGACAUGGCGGGGUCGGAGACCCACUGCGCUUCAGCAACAAUCAACUCGGGAGCACGAGCCAUGGGAGCGUAAAUACUGGAAUGAAGACCACGCCCGCAAUGAGUCUUAUUGUUGGCUGUGCAUCCUUGGUUGGCGCGGCUCUCGUUGCUAUAAGAUGA